CUCUCUCGUUCUUUCGCCGCCACUGCCGCCAUCAAGUUAAGUCAAACGAGCGCGCGCGAUUGUUUUAUUUUUCGCUCUCUCUCUCUCUCUCUCGCUCUGCGUAAGAUUUUUAAAGAAAUUGCCGUUCCAAAAAUAAUUCAAUUAGUUUUUCCACACAGAGCCGUGAAAAACGAAUAGACAAUUUUCGAGCAGCGUUUUUCCUGUUUUUGUGUGACAACGACGAUGGCGGUGAGCGUGCGGGCGUACGAGAAAGAGAGGAGGAGAUAAAAGAGCGAGAAAAUGUCAUUUGGCUCAUAUUUUUGAGCGACGAUUCCGAACGUAAUCAAGUUUUCUCAUGAUACUAGACAUCUGUUCUGAUAGCAUCCGUCGCUGUUGAUGCUGCCGUACGCUCGCGCUCUCUCAAAAAUACACACACACACACACAUACAAAAACUUUUGCAUAUCGUGGACUCGAGCGUACGCUUACUCAAUACGUGCGCGCACUCACUCGCUCUCGCUACAGCUAUCAUACUCAUCACAAACUCUCGAAAAUAGUUGCGCGAUUUUAGACGCUUCAUACAAUUCAAUUAAUUACUUCUCGCGAACAAAUUACGGGAUGGAAAAAUUUCGUAUCAAACUUAAGGAAAUUGUCCAAAAGUGAUGAAAAAGUGAAAAUCCGAGGGCUAUCAUCAUAUUCGAACGGUGCAUGGACAUAGAAUUUGGCUGAAAUUAAAGGAUCGAAGUUAGAUGACAUGCAAUUUGUGUGAAAAACAAUUGGAGGAAAUAAAUUGUUUGCAAACAAGAAACCAAGGAACGCGAAAACGACGGUUUGAAAAAAAAAAGGAAGACAAUGAUGUGUGCAUUGCAUUCCGUUAUUCAGUAAAUAACCGAUCUACCAACAGUGCGCACCUAUAGCACCAUUGAGUGUGUGUGUAUAUGACGAGCGUCUUGUUAACGGUGUGAUCUCGUUAGCAAUUGGCAAAAGUGAAAUUUGUUUGAGUGAAGAACAGUGAAUUUGAGAAAAAAAAACGGCGAAAAACAGUUACAGUGACCGUGAAAUUGUUGUGUACUUUGGAAAUAGAGAUAAAAUAAACAAAGUCAAUUGUAUUUGAGUUGAUGUUUUAUAAGUAAAAAAAGAAAAGAAACGAAGAGUUAAAGAGAUUCGACGACGAAAAAGAGACAAAUACAACGUAAGAAAGAGAAAAAAAGAAAGAAAAAAAUAAUAAGAGUUGCUAAUUUUGUGUGUGAGUGCACACGAAAAAAAAAACGAAUCUCCGAUUGGUGUCUGUGUGUUGGUGUGAGAAUUUGAAGAAGUAGGCGAAGCGAAAAGCCGACGAAUUUUAUUGGUACAAAAUGGGUUGUGAACUAGGCAAAUUGGCGGCGAGCACAAAAUCAGAUGUGAAUGCGACUAGCCCGAGUGAACCACCACCGCCAUCAGCACCGGAUCCACGCUUACCGCUCACCGCCCGCCAAAAGUACACAAUGAUGGCAUCGUGGAAAGGCAUCAGUCGUGCAAUGCAACCGACCGGAAUUAAUAUGUUCAUUAAGCUGUUCGAAGAACACGGCGAACUAUUGCUGCUAUUCAAUAAGUUUCGAGAGCUAAAAACCAAAGAGCAACAAGCAUCAUCCGAAGAAUUGGGCGAACAUGCAAAUAAAGUCAUGGAGACGUUAGACGAAGGCAUUCGCAGUCUUGACGAGCUUGACACCUUCUUUGACUAUCUGCAUCAAGUGGGCGCAUCACAUACCCGCAUUCCCGAAUUCAAAGCCGAGUACUUUUGGAGAAUCGAGAAACCAUUUCUAUCGGCUGUGCAAAACACACUGGGCGAUCGAUACACGGAGAAUGUAGAAGGAAUUUAUAAGCUAACUAUUAAAUUUAUUAUAGAAACAUUAAUCACAGGGUUCGAUAGUGCCAAUUCAAAGAAUAACACAGCUGCUGUCAAUAACAAUAGUAAUUCCACCUCAGCAAAUGCAAAAUCGUGAAAAUAAUUCGACAAAUAAGCAACAGCAAACAGCCGCCACCGCCGCAGCAGCAGCAGCAGCAGCAACAACAACAGCAACCAAAACACAACACAACACAAAAAAACGACGCUUAAACGUGUUAGUUUAAACGAUGCGUGCGAUUUUUUUUUUCGAGACAACAUUUGUUUAAAUAGAAAAGAAAAGAAAAUCAGACAAAAAAGUAACAAUUUCACCCCAAAAAGGCAACUGAAUUAGUUUUGCACUUAAACCAAACAAAAAAAAAAAUACAACCAAGUUAGAGCAGCUAAAAUCGUUUUAUUUUUUCUGUGUGUAAAUAACCAAAGCAAAAAAAAAAACCAUUUCAAUUUAGAUUCCAAUUGCGGCGUUCGUUAUAAUUUUUCUGAAUCGGUAUGCAAGUGAGACAAAGAAGAAGAAAAAAAAACAUUACAGUUUUGAAUACACUUUUUCCUUAACUGUGAAAAAACAAACAAAACUUUGUGUGCGGAAAAAAGUAACAAUAACGAACAAAAAAAAUUACAUAUUAAUAAUAUAAAUGUCGUUCGCGAUUAAGCGCUUUCGAUGGGCGAAUUUCGGUGUUGGUCAUUUAAAACUUUUCCAAUUUAGCAAUGUGUGUGUGAAGAUGAAAAAGAGAAAUAAAAGAGCCAGCAGCAGCAGCAGCAACACAGAAAAAGUAAUUAUUUUUUUGCAUUUGAAUUGCAUUUGCCGUUUCGAAGCUGUAACACAUCCUCUACCCUACUCCUUCUAACCCUCUUUUUUCUCGAGCAUCCUGAGAGCUUUUCCUGACUAAAGGCCGUUAGAUCUUUUAUCUUGCAGCACUUCAUUUGCCAAUUAGCUCAAAAUCCACACAUCCCACAACAUAACCCAAGACACACACACACACACACACACACACUCACUUAUCACGGUGAAGUGGAAAAGUGAAGAAAAGCAUAUCAAAUGCGAUAUUUCAUGUUUGUGUAUGUCUCGCUUUAGACAGUUAUAUGUAACGCAUAAAUUUAGUAUUAAGCCACACCAAAUCAGAUCACAGUAACAAAAAUUCAUCAUCUGCUCACCACUGCACAUGGAUGAUGUCCAAUGUCCAUGGGACAACGUUUAUGGGACAAUUUUCAUUGGACAAUGUUCAUGGAACGAUGUCCAGUGGAUAUCGUACACAUGAUAUCUGCAUGGGUGUGUGCCCACGUGGCAGAGUUCUAAUAGAAUGAACCGAUUUCAACAGAAAAUUAACAGAAUUUCUAUUCUUAAAGAAAAACUAAAUAUUUGUUUGACUUGCCAACAGAAGAGCACUAUUCCUUUCGGAAUAAGAUAAAAAAGACUUUUCCCAAUGAAAAGUUCAUAGUAAAAUUGCGCGAUCCGGUUAAAGAAAAACGAAGAAGAAUUACAUUUUCAUAAGUAGAUUUUGUGUCGAAUAUUUUCAAGAAGUUGGACGGAGUCAACGGCAACAAUUUCAUAGUUACCAACAGUUUUGCAGUAACAACCGACAUAGAAAAAAACACAAAAAGAUGAGAAGAAAAAAGUUUAAAACAUAUUUAUCAUAAAUCUAUUUCAAUGUUCAGCUACUUCGCAAGAGGUUAUGCCAUAAAUACGUAAUAUUUUAUUAUCGUUUGUUUUAAGUAUUGUUUGCAGCGAAAUCAAUUUCAAUAUGUACCUUGGAAAAAAAAAAACAGAUAAAAGCCAGCCUUUUCAAAUGAUUGUUAUUAUUUUGGAUGAAAUAAAUGGAAAAAUGAUGAAAAACUCAAACCAUUGUAUCGCAGAUUUGAAAAUAUAUACCAAAAGCAUCGUUUUGAAUAUUGUGACAAAUUGAUGUUUUGCAACAACACACAAAAACCAACAACAAAAUGUAAGAAAUAACAAAACCGUAAAAAAUAUACCAAAGAACCGAAUUGUGAUUCAAUUUUUUUUGUUGUAUGAACCACAAUCAAACCGCAAAAUGCCAUUCGAUUUAUAUGAAAGAAAAAAAAAAUAUGUUAACACCACAUUUUGAUUGAAAAGCAGAAAACAGCUGAGAUUUUUGCAAAAUAUUGACGGUGAUUGGAGACAAGAAUUCGGUUACCCAUUGAAAUUUAGUUCUAUUUGAAACGAACUGAAAGAAGAAAGAAUAACCAUGAAACAUGUGUUUGAAUCGAACAUUGAUUUGGACACUUGCCGCAAUUUUAACACGAAACAAUGCAUUUAAACAAUGAAUGUGACCGCAAUUAAUUCCAAUUCUGGAGACUUUACUUUUGAUAUUUGAUUUUACCGCGCAUUUAGACCAGUUCAAUGGUGUGCAUUCAAAUAAUUGACGAAGAGAAACCAAAAGAUUAUUAGAAGAAACGAAAACAAAACCAAGCGAUGCUGAUAUUUUGCCAAUUCAAACCAAAUAACGCUGAUGCUUUGCUCGCCUCUCAAUUCAAAUCAAUGAUUUAUUGAGCAUAAAAAGGCAGCGCCGAAACAGUGGCGCAUUUUGACAGGUGUCUGAUGAUGAAGUGACAACGGCAUUUUCUUCGCUGCACAAGCGUCACUUUUCUUUUCGACUCGAACAUGAUUUGGCAAGUGAGUUUGUUCUCUUCGGUGAGAAUGAAAAAUGAGGAAGAAAUGAAACGAAAUGAGAAAUCUCAACGAAAAAAAAAACUGGAGAAAUCAAGCAAAUGUACAUGGAACAUUUGGAGCAAGAAUGAUGUGAAAGACAAUGCGAAAAUAAAAAUGAUCGGAAAAGUGAUAAUUCGAGAAAGGUUUUUGUUAUCAUUCUUGUAAAAGAAAACAUUUUCACUUUGUGAUUUCGUGGAGAAACUGUUAUUUCUGGUUGAAAAUGAAUGUUCUCUCGUCGUUAAGAUCGAGGCGAAAAAAAAAACUUUCAAUUAAAAUAGAUUUAAAUGAAAGAUUCGAAAGAGAAAAUCGUUGGAAAAAAAGAGAAAAUUGUUUCGUUUUUGCGUUUUUGCGACGAGAAAUCAUUCACGAUGUUGUGGAAAGUGACGGAAAAUCGUGGUUUUUAAAGAAAAAUGUGUUUCUUUAGCGAUUUAAAAGACGAGAACUCAUGCUUUACUCGAGAAAAAAAAACCAUUCAUAUUCAACGAAGAAUUUAAAAACCGUUUUUCGACGCUGAUUUUUUUUCUACCGUUGAAUUGGGGGGGAAAAACGAAGUGCAAAUACGAAGAUCAGAAACCACCAAAGUUAUUUACUCAAUGCAUAUCCAUUUGAAGAAAAAAAACCUCAUUCAAUGACUCAAGAUUUAUGCGAAAACUCGAGCAAAAGAUUAAAUCGCGAAGAUUUAUACGCGAACACGAUGGUUUUUCCUUCUUUUUUCUUUCACAGGCCACAAACGGCAGAACGCAUUAAAACAACCUUCAUACAACUUGCGCUGAAAUGCUUUGGAUGAAAAAAAAAACCAUUUGAAACGAUUCAAGUGUUAAAUUUUAUAGAAGACCCAUCGGAAAUUAAGAAUUCCGUAAGAAGAAAAAGCUACAAAAGAUAUGGUUGAUUGUGCAGUGCGAGAGGGAAAACGGUGAAGAAAUCGAAUUUCUACCCAAGAAAAAUUGAAAUUUUAAAUGAUAGAGCAAAACUAUUAUGAGUAAAUGUGGAACAAUUUGAGCAUUUCCCAAAUGAAAAUGCAUCAAAAUGUAUAUUACAUUUUGGAAUUGUUCUUUGUUAUCAAUUCCAUUGACGUUCAUCGUACAGCAUGCGGGAAUUUUUCAAAAGAAAUUUUCGUUCUACCCAAAAAUUCGCCAAGUUGCGUGCAAAACACGAAUGCAAAACUUCCGAAAUAAUCUCAAAUUCUCUCGAAAAAAUCGGUUUGACAUCAUUUCCGUUUCAUCUGUAGUUUGGAUAAGGUAUUUUCCAGUGCCAACAUGUUUCAUUGCGUCAACAUUCGUUUGCAUCCAUUUUCGAAGCGAAAUCAGCUUCAAAAUCCAAAUCUUCGAUGAGAUUGAAGCGAAACUUGUUCGAAAGAAAAAUGAGCGUUAAUCAUCAAGAGCAGAAGAUAAGACGAACAAAACGAAUUACGCAACGCAAUUACGUUUUUUUUUCGCUCCUCUUUUAUGUUCCAUCAUGAUGGAUUAAAUAAUAUUGAAAUGAAUGUAAUACUACAUUAGCCGUAUAACUUUUCGACUGUCGAAUAAAGUUGUUUGUUCUCGCAUUUAUCUGCAGCCGUGCAUCUUGAUGUGACUGGAACCGUGCAUUUUUAUGGCAUGCCAUUCAAAGACAGAAAUGUUGAACAGACAAAAGCAGACAAAAAAUUAUUGAAUCAAAACGCAUGCAGAAAUGUGGAGAAAAAAGAAAUAGACAAUGGAAUAGAUGUAUCUGAAUGCUUGUCAGUCAAUUUGUUGUAAUUUUUUGUUUCUUUGGCGAAUGUGAGUGUUGAACACGAACAUGUUUUCAUGUUUCUGUUGGGUUCUGAAAAUUUAGGUUAGUUUUGAUGGUGAUAAACUGAGAGCAAGUGAGCGAGAGAGUCUAUCACAAAACGACGCACAAUACCCGUUUUCGUAAUAAAUCCAGCUUGAUUUUUGGUUGGGGUUUGAUCCAAAAAAAAACGGUCUCACUCUCAAGUAGAACGAGACAGUUUCACUCUCAGUAGCCAAUAGAUAAGGUGCAUUUUAAUGGUUUCAAUGCACAGAAACCGAACCAAACGGACUUUUUCACAUCGCUCACAUUUUGUGGGUGGAAAAGUUUGCAGAAAUAGAACAAAAAAAAAAAAAAACUAUAAGAUGUCGUACUCCUGAUGUGUAACAUAUUUUUAAAACAAAGAAAAAAAUGGUACAAUUUUUAAAUACCAACACAUACAAUUUUAACCAUUUAUGCAACCAACAAGAAAUAAAGCGCAAGACAAAAACCGUGAAGAUAUUAUUGUUAAACAGUGAAUAAAACACAGGAAUAUUAAUAGACAAGUCAUUUUGUGUAAUGUAGUCGUUUCAUGUUCGAUAUAUCUAGAUGCAAGGCAAUUGAUUUAUCGUGUUUGACCGACGCACAAACACAAACACACACGCAAACAUACACAAAACACAUUGUAGCUGUAAUCACAUUUAAAAGAAAACAAUAGCUCUACAUUUUUGCAUGUAGCGCGUAAAAACAAGCAACAAAUGCAGAGAAACAACCGAAAAAUUAAGCAAAGAAAAUAACCAAAAAAUGAGAAAAAUGAAAUAGAAGAAGACGAAGAACUUCUUCUUAAGAAGAAGAAGAAAAAUGAAGUAAAUGAAUGGUAAACAAAAUGCUCAGGAGCGUCUAGCUUAGAAUUGAAAUACCUUUUUAGUCUUGAAACACAAACACACACACUUAUCCAAAGAAGAAGAAGAGAGAAAAAAAACGGUCCAAAAUGACAGAGACAUACGUUUACAUCAAUUUUUACUCACUAUCUAUAUACUUAUACCUUGACCAUCAUUUCUUAACCCCAUCGAUGCCCCGACCAAUGUCUUUCAUUUCUCCUGUUUUCUGCCGCAUUCUGUCACUCUGCUGUGGAUGCGAGGGAGGCGUAGAAUCGUAUUCCUAUCGCUUUUUUUUUGUACAACUGUCUUGUAAUUUACUCGUAACUGUCGAACACACAAAACACUAUUUUCAUCGAGACACAUUUUCUACAGGCAACAAAAAAAAAACGACGGCAUUCGACAACAAUUUUGAAUUGGUACAAAAUCAAAUAGCUUCAGCUGGACUGAAGCUAGAAGAAUUCUGUCCUUCAAUUAAAAAACAAACAAAAAAUAGAAGAGAGAAAAGCAACCAAUGGUUGCCAACCAUACAUAUUUAAUGGGAAAAAAAUACUGAAAUUUCAUUUAAAAAAAAAAAAGCAUCUCAUGACAAAAAAAAAAUGGAAACUCAUUUUGAAAUCAAUGUGUAACACAAAUCAUUUAUCGAAAUACUAUAAAUAGAGUCAUCGUUCGAAUUAAAGAAACAAACAAUAUGUUAUGAAUUGAACAAAAUUUCAUGUAAAUCAAAUGUUGCUGAUCCCCUGGCAAUGAUUGCAUGAAUUUAUUUGCAUGAUACUGUGGGGAGCCGGCGGCAACAGAGACUCGUUCUAUUUAAAUUAAUUAAGCGGAGAUAAUCGUACAAAUUAUGCACAACAACAACAAACAACCAAAACACACAUACACACAAAAACACGUAGAACAACAUGACGAUUGAGAGUAGAAUCCACAAUUGACUUUUGAAUCUGGCGCGUAUAUAGGAGAAGAGUCUUUUGAGUUUUGAAUCAAAUUGCGUUUGAAAUGCAAAAGCAUUUAUUUUCCGUUGCAUUCUACCGACACCUAUUUAACUUUACGGACAGAAGCCAAAGACAGAAAUAGAAACAUACACACACACACACACAAAUAUGGAAAGCUACUUAUUUAUUGUAAUAGCAAAAUAAAAAAAAACUUAGUGAACAUGAAAAGAGAAAAAAAAAGUAUCGACAAAAAAACAAUUGUUAAAUAUUUUAUGUAAAAUUCGUCCAAACUACAAAAGCGCAGAUAUUUAAUGCAGAAAAAAAAACAACAACAACAACCAAAACUGUGAAACAGAGAAUGAAACAAAUAAAAUUUGCAAACCAAUUAUUAUUGUAUUGUAUUGUAUUCAGUGUUAUCAAAACAAUAAGCACGCAUAUUAAAUGUAUAUUAUGGAAAAACAAACAAAGUAAUUAUCCUUUAAGCAUUAGAAACGUAACAAUUUUGAAGAUGGAGAAAAUAACAACUGAAACGAAAUGUUGAAAAUGAUGAUGCAUUUGAUUUCGUUAUUUUUUGUUUAUAUUCAAUAAUUGAAUUUCAAUUCAUGCCAGGUGGUUUUUUUUGGCCCAGAUUUUGGCCUUCGUUGGUUUCUGAACCAAAUUGAUUUUUUCCCCCAUCUAAGUUUCACCUUUUUCUUUAAAUUCUAUUCAAAAGUUCUAUAUUUUUUUAGUCAAAUCUAUUGAUAUUGAAGUGGUGAAUGCAAAGCAACAUCCGCACAAGGAAAUAAUCAAAUUAUGGUAAUGCAGAUCGAUAAUGCAGAUUUCAUCGUGCUUUUUCUUUCGUUGCCCCAUUCGACCACUUCACAAAUUGAAUCAAAGCAUUUAGACAAAUACCAACACAAACACACACACACAAAAAGACACA